AUGUCCGCCCCUACCAGGCAGCUCUGCAAGCUUUCCAUCGGUAACUCCUUGCCUCGAACACGACCGCCUAAGCAGAGAACACCGCACACAGACAGCGGAAUCUACAGUGAUCAGAUGGAAAGCGGUAGUGGAGAAAGUGCAGCGGAAGAAGGCUUAGCUGGAUCCUUGACUAUGACAGGGAAGUCAGGCAUCACAUAUGACCUGGCCAGUCUGGAUCCUGAGUCGGAGGCGAGGGUCAUUGUCGGGUUCUCCACCCAGUUCGAUGUCGUCACUUGCUGCUCAACGCCAACAGGAUAUGACUUUCAGUUGACCGAGCGGUCUCAAGUUCACCUUGGCUCGAAUACCUCUACGUGCACUUGCUCAACAUUCUCCUAUCAGCGCGGUGUGGCCUGCCAGCAUAUUUUUUGGCUCCUUGAUCGGCUCUAUGGCUGUCUUCUCCCUCAGCUUCGUGCCUCCCCGAUCCCGCUGGCUAGCGACGGCUGUAUCAUAAAUUUUCCGCGCAUCGAGCUACUCCUCAAUGGUAAACUCGAGUGGGUGGCGGAUCAGCUGGGUUGGCAGUAUGUACGCUCCGAGGCAGAUGGAGGAAUGAGUCGCCCCCAGAAGGUGCGAGAUAUUCUUUCUGCGUUCAGCACGGCUGUACUGCCGGAGGAUUUUCGCCUCGAUUUGAGGGAUGACACGGCACAAUUACGCACCCCAGAGCAAUGUGUGGUGCAGGGGGACUUCGAAGCCACCGUCUUUCGUCUGGCUGUGCACGACGACGCGGUCUAUUCCAGUCUAUGUAAAGCAAUGCCUUCAGGGGCUUGUGCGGCAAUCUACUUUGACAAGAUUCAGGAGAAGUCACGAAAAUUGUUGGCCGACUUCGAUAUCUAUUGUCAAACAGGACAAAGGCCGGACAGUGGGACGAGCGUGAGCGUCGCCAACAUCAUCCGAGAGCUACGGCAUAACGUAGACCAAAUACAAUGGAAUAUUACUGCGCGAGCACCGCAUGGCAUGGAAGGGGCCGCGAAAGCCUUGGUCACGUUGCUGGAAGAUAUCUGCAUCCGCAACAAGGAUGCAUUGGAUGGCAAUCUAUGGGGACAAGCGACACUGCAGGGAGAGGACGAGGAUCAACGCAAUCUGUACUAUCAGCUUGUCGGUAGGACUGAUGAGACGGGGGAGUGUUUUAUUCUGGAUACUCUUGAGCAAUUGCAGGGGGCCGAUCUUCAUCAAUUCCGAUCUAAACUGCAAGCAAUCCUACACAAGAACGAAGUGAACCGAGCUCCCAGGGCCUUUAUUCUCAAAUUAAAUAUGCUGGUACGUCGAGCCGAAUCUGGUGGGGGAGAGUAA